AUGGCACCGCCCAUCGCGAUCCUCGGCGCCGGUCCCAGUGGCUUGACGCUCGCCCGCAUGCUAGAGCUCGCCAACAUCGACUAUGUCAUCUUCGAGCGAGACGUAUCGGGCUCUGAGACAUCUUCACGCGCCGGGACCCUCGACAUCCACGCCGACUCUGGUCAGAUGGCUCUGCGAGAAGCCGGCUUAUUGGACCAAUUCAAGAAACUCGCCCGUGCCGACGCACAUACGGUCCUGGCCGACGGGCGGGGCAAAGUAUACGUCAGGACGGGCGAGAGCGACGACAUCAAUGAGAACAGACCGGAGAUCGACCGUAAGGACUUGCGAGCCUUGCUCCUCAACUCGGUCCCAGCGAGGAAGGUCCGUUGGGGCAUGAAGGUUCAACAGGUGCAGCGAAACGCCGACGGGUCGAUGUCUGUGUGUUUCACGGACGGCAGUGUCGAGUCAGGAUUCCGACUCGUCGUAGGCGCGGAUGGAGCAUGGUCCAAAGCCAGAAAUCUUGUCACGACCGCCAAACCACAGUAUUCUGGGUUGCACUAUUUGACCACCACCAUCAGUCCGGGGAAUCCGUUUUACUCAUCUGCCGCUGCGCUAGCCGGACAGGGCAACUAUAUAGCCUUUGGUCAGGGGAAGCAGAUCGUUGCUCUCAUGCUGGGCGACGGCUCCUACUACGUCGGCGUCGGACUGCAUCUUCCCGAGCACUGGAGCUCAGAGAACGCUGUUGCUCUUGAGAGCCCGUCGGCGCUGUGUCGAUUACUCCAGAAUGACUACUUGGCGGACUGGCCUGCCCUGCACACGGACCUGAUCAGACACAGCGAUGGGAAGUUCUAUGCCUGGCCGCUGUACGCCAUGCCGAUCGAUUCGCUGCCAUGGAAGACGGUGGCUGGCAUUACUCUGGUAGGGGACGCCGCGCAUCUCAGCACACCUUUCGUUGGCGAAGGCGUCAACUGCGCCAUGACGGACAGUCUCCAGCUAGCCCAGCAAAUUAUCAAGUAUGGAUUGAAUGACCUCGAUCGCGCCGUGGUAGAGUACGAGAAGUUGAUGGUCCCUCGGGCCAUUGAUCUCAUCGCCAGAAGCACCAAGAGCGGCGAGCUGUUUUUUGCCCCGGACGCCCCUCGAGGCUGGCUCAAGUCUUAUGCUGGUGUUGACAUUGAUCAACAGUGUUCUGCGGGUGGGGAAGAGGUGUAA